UCAAUUCAGCCAAUCGAAAGAUGCAAAAUCUCAUAUGUUUCGAUGAAGAGGCGGGGUUAUUUUUGAGAAUUGGUGAAGAAAGCACCAAAUAAAUCUUCACGAGGGACUUCAAUUAAAUAGUAAAGCUCGUAUUCUCAUGGAAAUCGACAUACGAGGAGGAAGCGCAGAGAGCCACGGAGCCAGGCCAUCCUCCGACCGUCGUGGUUACAACCACUCACUGAAGGACUAAACUUUUUGGGAGUCUCCUCAUCCGGCCGUGCUGGCUGACUGGUUAUUGUUGGUUUAGGGGAAUGCAUCUCUCCUCUGUUUGCUCUAUAAACGGGUUUGGGAACGCAUUGAGGAAGGGGUCCACACGAAUGGGAAUACGGCAGCGCCAAACUCUUACAAUGCGGCCAGAGUGAAGGGGGCAGAAGACAAUACCAUUCCACGGGCUGUGGGGCUGCUCGCUACAAUAUUUCAGUGGGGUCUGCUUCCAGACGAAUUGUUUCAGUUCCAUUUUUUCUCUCUGAUUGCUCCUAUAACCCAUUAUUGCGACGAAUAGUGCUUUUGAUUAGAAGAACAAGCCAUGACGUCUACGGCCAAAUUCCGAAAGGACAAGGAGAUCGUAGCCGAAUAUGAGACUCAAGCUAAAGAGAUCCGUGCCCAGCUGGUGGAGCAGUUGAAGUGUCUGGACCAGCAGUGUGAGCUGAGGGUGCAGCUGCUGCAGGACCUGCAGGACUUCUUCAGGAAGAAGGCAGAGAUCGAGAUGGACUACAGCCGUAACCUGGAGAAACUGGCCGAGAGAUUCCUUACGAAGACACGCAGCACCAAGGACCACCAGCUCAAGAAGGAGCAGAGUGUGCUGUCUCCAGUCAACUGCUGGAACCUGUUGUUGACUCAGGUGAAGAGGGAGAGUCGAGACCACGCUACCCUCUCUGACCUCUACCUCAACAACAUCAUACCGCGCUUCGCCCAGGUCAGCGAGGACUCCGGACGACUCUUCAAAAAGAGUAAGGAGGUCGGUGUCCAGCUUCACGAGGAUCUGAUGAAGGUUCUGAACGAGCUCUACACGGUGAUGAAGACAUACCACAUGUACAACACAGACAGUAUCAGCUCUGAGAACAAACUGAAGGAUGCAGAGAAACAGGAGGAGAAGCAGAUGGGGCGCUCUGGUCGCCAGGACGACAGACAGACUCCCAGGUCACCUGACACACUGGCCAGCGUCAAGACGGAGGAGAAACAUGUCCGACGCUCCUCGGUCAAGAAGAUAGAGAAGAUGAAGGAGAAGAGGCAGGCUAAGUACACAGAGAACAAGCUGAAAGCGGUCAAGGCGAGGAAUGAGUACCUGUUGGCUCUGGAGGCUACGAACAGCUGUGUCUUCAAAUACUACAUCCACGACCUGUCUGACAUCAUCGACUGCUGUGACCUGGGCUACCAUGCCAGUCUCCACCGUGCGCUGCGGACCUACCUGUCAGCGGAGAUGAACGUGGAGACCUCUAAACACAGCGGUCUGGAGGGCCUGGAGAGAGCAGUAGAGAGCCUGGAGCCCAACGGGGACAAGCAGAGACUGAUGGAGACCUACAACAACGUCUUCUGUCCCCCCAUGCGCUUCGACUUCCAGUCACACAUGGGAGACACGAUGGGGGUAGUAUGUGCCCAGCAGCCGUUAGAAGGGGAGUUGCUCCAGAGGUGUCAGCAGCUGCGGUCCCGUCUCUCCACCCUCACGAUCGAGAACGAGGAGGUGAAGAAGACUAUGGAGGCCACUCUGUCGACCAUCCAGGACAUGGUCACCGUGGAGGACUAUGACGUCAGCGAGUGUUUCCACCACAGCAACUCCAUGGAGUCGGUCAAGUCCACCAUGAGCGAGUCAUUCCUCAGCAAACCCAGCCUGGCCAAGAGACGAGCCAAUCAGCAGGAGACGGAGCAGUUCUACUUCACGAAACUGAAGGAGUUUCUGGAGGGGCGGAACCUGAUCACCAAACUGGAGGCCAAACAUGAGCUGAUACAGAAGACUCUGGGAGAGAGUCAGAAGACUGACUGUUGUCUUGCCAGUGACAGGAGGAACUCUGCACUACGGAAGCAGGUCAUUUUCUCUCUUCAUUCAGAGUGUGGUUUCCUGUGUGAGGCUGGCCAGGUCAUCCCUCUGAUGGUGGAGAGCUGUAUCCGCUUCAUCAGUCGCCAUGGUCUGCACCAUGAGGGCAUCUUCAGAGUGUCUGGCUCUCAGGUGGAGGUCAACGACAUCAAGAACUCCUUUGAGAGAGGUGAGGACCCGUUGGCAGGAGAUCAGAAUGAUCACGACAUGGACUCCAUCGCUGGCGUUUUGAAGCUCUACUUCAGAGGCCUGGACCACGCCCUCUUCCCCAAGGAAGUCUUCCAUGACCUCAUAUCCUGCGUCUCUAUGGAGAACCUGCAGGAGAGGGCUGUCCACAUCAGGAAGGUUCUGCUGUCUCUGCCCAGCAACACUCUCAUCAUCAUGAGAUACCUGUUUGCCUUCCUCAACUACCUGUCCCGGUACAGUGAGGACAACAUGAUGGAUCCCUAUAACCUGGCCAUCUGCUUCGGGCCCACACUGAUGUCAGUCCCAGAGAGCUGUGACCAGGUGUCCUGCCAGGCCCACGUUAACGAGCUCAUCAAGACCAUCAUCAUCCACCACGACGGGGUCUUCCCCGGACCACGUGACCUGCAGGGGCCCGUCUACAUCAGUCCAGGGGCCACUGACGAGUACUGUGAUCCCCACUGUGAGCCCCCCCUGGUGGACAUACCUGCUCCUAACACCAUCUCUGUCAUCCACAACAGCGAUGAUGGCUCGUUGGUCAUUUCAGAAUCGGACCCAAUAGAGGCCAUUGCUCGCUUCGACUUCUCCGGAAGGACCAACCAGGAGCUGUCAUUUAAGAAGGGCGCGUCUCUCUUCCUUUUCCAGCGAGCCAGUGAUGACUGGUGGGAGGGCCGACACAACGGAGUGGACGGGCUGGUGCCUCACCAGUACAUAGUGGUUCAGGACAUGCCGGACGGGGGCAGAGGCAGUCCGAAGACUGAAGCGGAGUUGCAGGAUGAGAGAGUGUCCACUAGGGGCACCGCUGCCUCUCCUACUGGAGCUCAUGUAGCUGACAUCUACCUAGCCAACCUCAACAAGAUGAGGAAGAGGCCUGAGUUGGGGAGUAUCCGUAGGACCUUUUGGGGGUCUGAGGGGGUCCAGGGGGGUGAUGUGUCCCUGUCUGGGGCGACAGGAGGGGGCGUAAGGACGGCCAGUCUGCCGGUGGGAGGGGCUCUGGUGAAGGAGUGCGGCGACAAGCGACCGGUCAGCGCCCAUAGUGUCCUCAACUCCUCAAUCACGCGCCACUCCUCUCUCAAGACCAAGGUGGAGAGCCCUCAGUUCUGCAAGGCGACUACCACGGGCCGCUCUAAGAGCUUCAGCAACCACCGGCCCCUGGAUCCUGAGGUCAUCGCUCAGAUUGAGCCCACCUCACAGGAUAUCGAGGCGGAUAUGAGCUCUGCUCUGAGUGAGCUGAAAGAGCUGGAGAGGCAGAGCAGUGUGAAGCACACACACACCCCCGACGUGGUGCUGGACACACUGGAGCAGCUGAAGGGUGUGUGUGGGGGUGGAGGCGCCUCCGAGCCCUCCAGUCCCCUCCACUCCCGUCUGCUGAGGGACAGCGAGGGCGCAGGGUCUCCACACUCACACCCCCUCCAACGCAGCGCCUCGUCCGCCAGCGACGUCCCCUCCUCCUUCCGCCCCUCCAAGCCCAGGAGCCCCCUGCCCUCUUCCGCGUCCUCCUCUCUCGCCUCCUCAGCCCUCUCUGCCUCCACUCCCUCCUUCCGAGAGCCUCGCCCUCCAGCCACGCGGCCCAAGCCGGUGGUCUUCCCCAAGGGUGGAGGGGGCGGCAGUCCGGCUAUGGGCUCCCCAACCACCACUGUCCCCCCAACCCCUCCUCCCCCACCCCCACCCCAGCCCAACGACAAGUCCUGCCCCGCCUGAGGGCUCUCACACCCACCCACACACACACACACACACACACACACACACACACACACACACACACACACACACACACACACACACACACACACACACACACACACACUCCCCUUCGAUCCACACACCCUGUCCCCAUCUCCACUCACCCCAGUGAUAAGUGGAAUAGCUCUCACCUUGGAUCAGCAAACUCUUAACCAUUUAUGGGGAAAACCCCUGAACCAUAUGUAAAGCAUCCAUGACUCAACUCUGCCCCCUCUUGGGAGCUUCAGUCAUCACACCUCCCUUCUGACUGACACGGACCAAUACAGAAAAUCAAAAGAGGCAUCGAAAUGGACAAACAGCCUGACAAAAACAGAUAUGGCGCCCGUACUGUAUAUACUAGUGUGAGGUGUGCCUGUGUGAGGUGUGUGUGUGUGGCAAUACCUUACACUUGAGUGAGAGCACUGUUUGAUUUUAAAUAGAUGGGACAUUUAAGGACAUUUAUCCCCAUACCGGAGUGGACGGGAGGAUUGGUUCACCUGGUUGGCUGUGUGUGUGGCAGUGUGACUCCUGGAUCCACAAUCUCUUAGAACACACAGACCGACUGUGGAACAGAGAACACUAACUCUGUAGAGACUCCGUAACAUGUUCACUCUGCUGCUUCAAGGCUGGGGCAAGACUGGAUCGGCCAGCCUGGACAGAACGAGAGAGAGAGAGAGAGAGUCGGACUGAUAGAUGGAUGGCUGGACAGAUGGAGGGACAGAGAUGAGGAGAGGACCAGUGGAUAAAGCAACUCCGGUGAAAAGCGGGGCUUUUUCUCAGAUAGAAAAGCACUGGAGUUGAGAGUUCAGGGGGAAAUGCCUGUUUCUAUGUGUGGAGGAGAGAGCUAGGUUACAUCUCUGAUCCUCCUAGUCGUCUGGGCAGCAAGCGGAGUGUUGUGGGGAUUCAUUAUAACACAUAAUACUAACCAGUAGAGGAGUCUUUUCUACUGUACUCUCCUACACUCUACAUCAGGGCUUUUCAAUUAGCGGCCCUCAGUGGCCAAAGUAAUUUUUUUUUCUUUUCUAAGUGGAAAUUGAUUGACCAACUAAUGUCAUUGAUUUGCCAGAGAGUCCAAUCACCUGUUUCCCAGGUGGGAAGGAGUCCCUAGAAUUGAAUGAGGUAGUGACGGGCCCCCCAGGACCAGAAUUGAAUAGCCCUGCUCUACAUUCAGUACAACCAACAUAGUGCAACGCUUGUCUGGCUUUCCAGCAGCACCUCCUGCUGGUGCAUAAGGGCACGACAUGACCUUGCUCAAUAACCUUUCUUUAGCAAUAAGAGUCUGACAGACUCAUCAACUCAGCAGCAUGCCAGGCCUGCUGCUUCUCGCUCCCUUAUAUUCCCGGCAUUAAUAUACGCUCUAAUACAGAAGUAGAAAACACACACACACUCACACACACAUGCAUGACGUGUGUGUGUUCUGUGGCAGCUAAAUGCCUUUUCAGGUUCUCCUCGCAUGCUGGGGCCACAGCAGUCGCAGUGCUGACUGACUGACUGACUGACUGACUGACUGACUGACUGACUGACUGCAUCUAUCUACAACACAAGCAACGCGCCUCUUCGACCAGCUACACGCAAAUUACGACUCCAAACAAAAUCCGCAACCAUGUUCUUUUCCUGUGUAUAUGUGUAAUAAUCAUGAUGAGAACUGGAAAAGUGCAGAUGAGGAAUCUCAGUGAGGUGGAAGAGUGUGUUUAGAUACGCGCACAAACAAACCUCGUCAAGCACAUUAGGAAAUAAUUAUAUUAUGCUUCUUUUCUUCCAGUUGUUAGUUAAUCCUCAGAAUAUGUAAUACUAAACUGUCUUUCAGUGACUCUUCACAGCUCUUACAACUGAAACUUAAAGGGAAAUCCCACUCAAUAAAAUCAUUUGGUAAUUGUAUCAUUAGUCCACUGUUGAUACAGUCCCAAACUUGACUGCUGACAAGCAAAACAUUUUUCAGGAUGUUUUGCAUCAUCGUGAGGAUGUGGCCGGUGACACUUUGCUUCUUGAAACCCCCAACAUCUUGAAAACUUGACCGUUGAUCUUCAAAACAUUUUGGGACUGUAUCAACAGUGGACUAAUGAAACAAAUACCAAAAUAUAGUUUUUAAGUGGAUUUGCCCAUUAACUGCGCAUCAUGAAGGGAACCAACUAAUGGCAGCUUUUUGGAGACAGGGGGACCAGGAAGGGGACACAGACAGCAUAGCCACUUCCUGUGUCACCAGAGCCACUCUGCUACCAGCAUCACUGCUCACUAGGCUUAAUGUUUGUGUGACUGACUAGUACUCAGUCCCAGUCAUUUCAGCCAUUUCUGGAAAAGUGUCACUCUGUUGUUCCUCUACCAAUAGCAUUGGUGUGUAUCAUGGGGGACCAGCAUCCAAUCAUUUAUUGGAUUUAUAUAACCCAGUGACAUGAGUUAAAGCGACAGCCCUGAGGUCUGUUCUGUUGUGCUCGUCUUUAAGAGAACCUCUGCUGUGACUCCCUAACUGUCUGUUACACAACUCUGACUGUCGCGUCACGUGGUCAAUGUCAAAAUACUCCUGUCCGUCACUGUGAGAUCAUUUGCAUUUUCUGUAGUCUGAACUGUGAUUUGUCAAGGGGCGAGUGGACAGAAUGUUUUGAUUGGUCAAGGUCAGUGGGAGGCGGGAUGCUGUAGUGAUUGACAGCGUUUACCACCCUGUCUGAGAUCAGGAUCAUCAAUGACAGGGCUCAGAGAACCCUCAGGGGAGAAGGGCAGAACAACUAGUUAACCAUGCAGACAUUUCUGUCUUUCCCCCUCUCCCUAUCACCCUCCUGUCUCUGUAUCUUUCUCCUCCUAGCAUUCUCCCUCUGUUCCCACAGACACACAGCUUUUCCUUACAAAUAGCCCUCUGUCGAGUUCCCUCCCUUACUUCCUCUCCACCCUGCAAACCCCAGGUAUAUAAUUGUAUUAUUGCAAUCCCAAUUGCUCUGUAACAGGUGGUUGAAUUCUUAAAUGUAAUGUUUUAUCUCUGUGUGUAUUUUCAGAUGUAUUUUACGAUGUAUUUUACAUAGGGUUGCUCCCCUUACCUCAUCUUUGGCCACUGGGGCGAUUAGGCACUAACACACAUGUCAUACGAACACACACUCAUGUCAUACGAACACACACUCAUGUCAUACGAACACACACUCGUGUCAUACGAACACACACUCAUGUCAUACGAACACACACUCAUGUCAUACGAACACACACUCGUGUCAUACGAACACACACUCGUGUCAUACGAACACACACUCAUGUCAUACGAACACACACUCAUGUCAUACGAACACACACUCAUGUCAUACGAACACACACUCAUGUCAUACGAACACACACUCAUGUCAUACGAACACACACUCAUGGGUGAUGCUUUGUGGUUGGAGUCUGUUCACCUGGCUUCGCUGUAUAAGGAGCUAGGAGCCUCAGUCUCCACACCGUAUUAUCAUCGCACACUUGAAAUUACAGUGUGCUCACGGACUGAUUUGAGUGAGGAUGAUUUUUAUUCUGAUUUAACUAUUGUUAAAUAUGCAUUUCUUGCCCAUUUGAAAUCACAAGACCGAGGGAAAAAAAGGAAAAAAAAUGACUGUAAUGUCAAAUAUAUUUAUAGUUGUCUCUGUAUUACCGGAGAAUCCUAUGUUAAGAUGUACUUUGUAUAUACAAUGUUGUACAUUACAGAGGUACACUGUUUUUCUGGUACAAUAUUGUACAGUAAUAGCAAUAGUAGUUUAAUCAAAUAGGUCUUAAAUAAUUCUAUGUCUAGUUCUUGUAGUAGACUUUUUUUUUUAAUAAACAUCGCUUGCUAUAAAAGGUC